AUGAGCUCACAAUCAGGGAAGCCCAGUUCAGGGAACGCGAGUCCACAAUCAACCGAGAAGAAACCCCGAAGCGCCGAGUCCCCGCCCAGAAGCCCAAUCCCGCCGCCGUAUACAGACCCAGACUACGAGCACGACCACGCUCACGCUAAGGGAGCCGCUGCAGUUCACGAAAGCUAUGAUCUAGAUGGCGAUAUAGAGCUAGGCCGUGUACCCUUGCUACCCGGGACGCAUGACGAUUUCGAUUUUAGACGCGAUCCGCCGUUUUCUUGUACCGUUACUGGCUUCUUUGCUUGGUUGCGGGGACCCACGCCUCCGCAUGUAUAUCAUAUAAAUCCUUGGUUUCCGAAGUGGCAGACUGCGCCGAUCAAUCUGGUAGAUCGGUUUGUCCCGCGUAUGGGAGCUAAGAUUGCUUUGCUUUUCUUGGGGUUGUUGUUCUGGGUGAUUGUUUUCUUUUCAUCUCUUAGAGCUUCUGUGGCGGGCCAAGAAGUUUCGGGAUAUGGACAGCCUGUUAAGCUGUCGUGCAACCAGCGCUUGUGGAAUAAUGCCACUGAUUGUGGGGUAAAUGGGGAACUUUGUCAACCGUUUGAUAAUCAGUCCUUUGCUUUCCGCUGUCCUGCUGGUUGUGCUCAGCAAAUGCUUCUGGAACCUUAUUAUGUUGGUGCAAAUGAGUAUAACUAUCGUCAUAUGGUUGUUGGUGGUAAACCAUUCAAAAUGGAUGGUCGUAAUAGCGGAAUUUACCGCGGAGACUCCUCUAUCUGUUCAGCGGCAUUACAUGCUGGCCUGAUCAGCGAUGCCAAAGGAGGAUGUGCUAUCCUCCAACGCAAGGGUGCACGAGAGCGGUUUCAAAGCGCCAUACAAAAUGGCAUUGAGAGUAUCGAGUUCAUGGGCUACUUCCCAUUGUCAUUUCUUAUAACGAAGGAAGUCUCAUCACCCGGAUCUAAAACACCAGAACUAGUCGAAUGCUCUGAUAUCCGCUGGCCGCUAUUUGCCUUCACUGUUUUGACAUCAAUCGCAUUUUCAAUGACCGUCACUUCAGCACCGGUCUUCUACAGUGUGACUUACUUCAUAGUCUGGUUCCAAGUUGCCAUGGCCUCAGAUCCCCCAACAGCGGGUUACUACAAUCUGGUAUCUGUCGGACUGGGCCGCUUCCUGCCCGGUGCCUUUGUUGGGUUCGCCUUAUACUAUUUCUGUGUCAGACACACUCUGUAUGACCUCGAAGCACAUAUCGACAAGACCAUUCUCUGGCUUGGUGGGUGCUGGGUCGGCGCCUUAAACACCGACACCUUUGACCGAAUUCCCAUCUCACGGCUCACACCACACGACAUCCAACAACAACCCGGUGCCGUAACAGCCCUCAUCAUUAUAGUGGGAUUCCUUAUAUUCGUGUUCUUCCUCCAAGCGCACUGCUUCCGCCGUGAAGGCCGGCUCCUCUCUAAGCUCCGUCUCUAUGCUUUCUUCGUCCUCCUCAUCAUCAUCCUCGUCGCUAUCCCACACAUGAACCUCCGCAUUCACCACUAUAUCCUCGCUCUGCUCUUCCUCCCAGGGACAACUUUACAAACUCGACCCAGCCUCUUAUUCCAGGGUAUUCUGGUUGGCCUCUUCAUAAACGGCAUCGCCCGUUGGGGCUUCGACUCCAUUCUACAAACACCAGCAGCCCUUUUGGAUGGCGCUAAACUCGGUACUGCACCACCAGUCAUCAACGCACCCGCAGUUGUAGAUUCCAACAAUCUCCUUUUCUCCUUCCCAGAGAUCCCCGCCAACGUAGACGGCAUCAGUGUUAUAGUCAAUGAUGUACAGCGCUUUCAGGAACUGAAGCCUAAGGGCGCCACAGGCGUUCCGGACUUCGCGUGGACGAGGGUUAAGCCUAAGCUGACAGAGUAUUUCCGGUUCGGCUAUGUGCAUGUAAAUCCUCUUGGUGGGGUUUGGUAUGAGGACUUCUCGGAACCUUCGACCUGGAUGCCUGAUGGGAAUUAUUUUUAUCCCGGAUAA